AUGGCAUCCAACAACCCAUCUCAAUACAAUGAAAAUAGCAACCGGCCUGCUAUACAGUCCAUACCAUUGGGAAUGCCCAUUCCACCGCAUACUCAUCAUGAUAUCUACAGCUAUUCGCGAUCCCAGUUUUUUGCCGGCCCUAUUACAAUAUCCGUGGCUCUUCCUAUUUGGAGCGACAAUGUUGGAUAUGAAGAAGGCGAUAGCAAAGUGAUUGCUGCAAUGCAAGGCGGCUAUCCUCGCUUUGUAUUCACUCCACUAGUGAAAAAGUUAUUCGAGAUUUGCAAUGAUCGCUUUGCCAAAGUGUAUGAGGAUUGUUUAGUAUUUUCAAACCGAGAAUCAGCAGAAGCAUGUCGUCAUUUUAUCUACAGUCGCAUCUCCAAUCCCGAUAUGAACAUUCGUAUUGUUGAGCUUUCUGUUGCUUCUGAAUCACAUAGUUAUCACUCGGCAAAAGAACAUUCUAUCCUUUUGAUUUCUGAUGUUAAUGUAUCCACACAUCCAACAUUGCAUAUUGUGAUUUUCCCUUUUAAUUUCGCAUAUAUUGCCAAGCAGUUUUGGCAGCAUACAGGCGAAGGCAUAUCGUCACGUUUUGCUGCACACUGCUUGAGGCUAAUGGAAGUGGCCGAGUGUGAACUUUCCUUGGCCACGCCUCAUCAAUCAAACUCGACAACUGGUGAAAAAUGCGAUUCGGAUCCAUAUGGAAUGCAAGCAAUGCAACGCUCUUUACCAAAAAUACAAUAUGAUGUAACAAAGUAUGAAACUGACACAUUUGUUGAAGAACGAUACGGCCGCAAUCUAGAUACUCAUAUGGCAGAUACAACUAAAACCAUGAUUCGUCGUCGUAUUGCUGCAAUUGUUUGUAAUCAUUUUGAAAAACCAGAUGUCGAAUCUUCUGAUUCAACUGUGGUUUCUACAUGUGAUGCGUCUGUAUCCGAAGACAAUGUGUUUUUGUAUCCUUGUGGAAUGAGUGCUAUUUACAAUAUCCAUCGUGUAAUUCUAAAGCUAAAACCAGGCUUGAAAAGUGUUCAAUUUGGGUUUCCAUACACAGAUACACUCAAAAUACAAGAAAAGUUUGGACCAGGAUGCCACUUUUUAGGUCAUGGAAACGCAUCAGAUAUGGAAAAACUCGAAAAGCUACUUGUAUCUGAAAAGAUAUCGGCCAUAUUUUGUGAAUUUCCGAGCAAUCCAUUACUCCAAAGUCAUGAUCUAUCGCUUUUAUGGUCACUGGCUCAAAAACACGAUUGUUUUCUUAUUGUCGAUGAGACUAUUGGCAACUUUGCCAACGUGCGAGUUCUCCCUUUUGCCGAUCUGAUUGUGUCUAGCCUCACCAAGUUGUUUAGUGGCGACAGCAAUGUCAUGGGUGGCAGUGCUACAUUAAAUCCUCGAUCAAACCAUUAUCCUCAGCUGUUUGCCAUGGUUUCGGGAAUGUAUCAAGACAGGUUUUGGUGCGAAGAUGCCAUUUUUUUAGAAAGAAACUCGAGGUCGUUUUUUGAACGAAACCAAAUCAUUAAUCAAAACGCAGAGAUUAUUUGCGACUUUUUACAUCAUCAUCCCAAAGUCCAAACUGUCUUAUAUCCCAAGUAUGUCGACACAUCUACAUAUACCAAAUUUGUUUGCAACAAAGACAUGCCAGGCUACGGUGGACUUUUUUCGCUGAUUUUAAAGCUCGAGCAAGAUGCAAUCCGUUUUUAUGAUGCGAUUGAAAUCUACAAAGGACCUUCUCUUGGUACAAAUUUUACUUUGGCAUGCCCAUACACCAUUCUUGCCCAUUAUACAGAACUGGAGUGGGCGGCUUCGUACAAUGUUCCCAAAAAGCUUGUGCGUGUAUCAGUCGGAACCGAGCCCAGUAGUGUUUUAUUGAAGAUUUUUUCAAAAGCAAUGGAUGCUAUUUAA